AUGCUCGAGAGACCCGAUCACUCACCCGCGCCGCAUGGCCGUGGAACGCGCCUUUUGGCGCGAAAGAUUAAACGCAGCGCCCCAGGGUCGACCACCAACGAAAGCUGGCUCCUCAAGUACCAGCCUCGGUACUACUCGGACCUGCUUACCGAGGAGGCGAUUAACAUCGAGGUUAGACAGUACCACUUUCACCUGCAUCUACCGCAGGUUCUCAAUUGGCUGCGCCAAUGGAAGUGUAGCAGGUUGCACUCUGCUGGAAAAUCGCAAACCAAGCAACUUUAUCAGCCAUCGAGAGGCAUAAAGAGGCCGUAUGGAGGGGGUGGCAACGCAGACGGGGACGUGGAAAGCGAGGAUCACCACAAAAUACUGCUGUUGGGUGGCCCGGCAGGCGUCGGUAAAUCGACGGUUGUGAACGUCCUCGCGCAUCACUGUGGUUUCGAUGUCGUGGAAAUAAAUGCCAGCGAAGAUCGCAGCAAGGCCAAGAUUCUGCCGAUAAUCAAGGGUGUCAUCACCGCCAAUGCCAUUUCAAAAAAUAGACCCAACCUUUGUCUGCUAGAGGAGGUGGACGGACUCCAUGCUGCGGAGGGGCAGCUCAUCGGAGCUCUGAAGGAACUCAACCAGAAACACAUGAUCAAGCGUCCCAUUGUGUGCAUUUGCAACGACUUGUACAACAAGAAUCUGAGGGAGCUUAGGCAGAUCUCAAAGGUCAUCGUCGUCGACUCCUGCGACGGCGAGGCGCUCAGGGAUCGCCUGCUCAAUAUCGCUAAACUUGAGGGCUACAAAGUUGACGAUCAAAUGAUCGACGACCUGAUUAAGCUGCACCAAAACGACAUCAGAAGCUGCAUCACGGCUCUAGAGUUUAUGAUCAAGAAUCCGGAACUCGCACAUAACCUUGAUGCCUUCGCUAAGGACAGGAGCCAGGAUCUCAUCGCGUUCUUGCGCGAGCUUUUUGACCCCAAAACAACGCCGCAAUCGUUGAGGGAUAAGGCUGAUGCGUUGUCCGCAGCAAUCGGUGCACAGACGCUGUGCAACCUCGUCGUAGAAAACGUCACCAAGCUGGGAGCAAGGUCACAUUUCAACGCCGCUGCCCUGUUUGAUAUUAUGGCGCAAGGAGACGUGAUGCACAACGCGUGGUGGAUACAAGUCUCGUUCACCUUCGUCAAACUGAUGCAACUCAAGUCUGCUUUCAAGUUCAUCCUGCCAGGGUCUCUCUACAGCCACACGUAUGGACAGAAGAUGGCCAAGAGCGAAUCAGUGCUCAAGGCAAUCCGGGGUAACUCAUUGAUCGCAUCAAGCACGUUUUCGAGCAGCUUCGCUGUUCAGGUUGUUCCUGCACUGUGCACCAUUCUAGCUUCUUCGCCCGACAGAUCGGUCUCGUGGACCAACGUUGCGAGGAGCGUCAGCGAGAUUGACGUGCUGUGGGAGGCAUUUGCGCCACUGAAAGCCGGGGUCGUCAGCAGGCUUGCCAAGUUGGCCGUGCUGCUUCAGGUCUAUGGAAUCACGGUGAUGGAGAUUCAAGAUUCUUUGGCGCUAGACCCUCCGAUUUUGGAGCUUUCAGGCGCUAAUAACGCCAAGCUUGGCCAAGAGUUCUGCAAGACACUGCAACAAAUACUCAAACCCGGGGGGAUUGUAUCGCAUAGGGGAAAUCGGCCAACUACACUUCAUGCUUAUUUGCAGGAAAUAGGGCACUUGGGCUACACAGCAUUUGCGCGCAAAUUCAGUGCCCAGGCGGAGGCUGGUGAGGAAAAGAAGGCGAAGCUAUUGUGCCGGAAAAGCGGGGCUCCCCUGCCUCCCAUCACGUUCGGACAGCUGCUGCAACGAGAGUACGAACGAUACCAACGGCUUGUGGCAGAAAACGACUUUGUUCGCGACAUGAGAACAUAUGGAAUCUACAAGUACUAUGGCGAGAAGUGCAGCGCAGUCAAGUAUAUCGUGAACGACAUCUAA